GAAAAUUUUCUUAUCGGUAUGGAAUUACACCGUUUGCUAUAAUUUUCUUACUCGAUAAUUUUGUUAUGAAUUAAUUUGUUUGAUUAGAUUUGACGUCGACCUCGAAACGUUGAUAAUAAUUUUCUUUUCUCUUUUUUUUUUUUCAAACGUUUCCAACAAUUCAAUUCAAAUAAUUCUAAUGAAUUUAGAUCGUUCCACGUUGAGAAGUGCUAGAGAGAUAGAUUAGGAAAUCAUGAAGGAAAUAUUGUCAACACAAAAUAUUUCAGGUUAUAAUAAUUCUUUUGUCGGUAACAAUGGAGAAACGAGUGUUAACAGUAUGACGAAUGAUAAUAAUACUAGAAGAUAUGCUGUUCUCAGUACUGAAUGGAUUUCUGCUAUUGGUGAAGAAUUGGGAAUGCAUCCCUUGUCAGAUUCUGUUCUACGAAGACUGGCAGAGGAUGCUUCAUAUAGAUUAAGAGAAAUUUUACAUAAAUGUAUUACAAGGCUGAAGCAUAGUAGACGAAAAUGUUUAACAUCCAAUGACGUAAAUGCGGUCCUUACAAAUUUAUGCGAUGUAGAUCCGAUCUUAGGAGCACCGGAUACAAUGCCAGAAUAUCACUCGGAAGCCAAAGUAUUUGUUCCUAAUGAACGUAUCAUUAAUUUGGUAGAUAAAGUAAAUGAAGCAGUUAAUUUAUCACAAGAUAAUGUACCUUUCAUUCAAGAGGUGGAAGUUUGUGAUGUGAAAUUAACUGAAGCUCGUUACAAUUAUGCGAAACGUGCAUUAAAGACUUUGUUUAAUGGUUCCCAAAAGACUUUUCAGGUAUUGGUCAACGAUUGUGCCACCAAUCCAUAUUUAGGCGGAGAAGGAGUUAUAGACAGAUUAAUGUCUAUUGCUAGAUCCAUGGUAAUCUCUAAUAAUGCGCAAUAUACUCGAGUUUCAACACGUACUUGUCAACUUAUAAUUGCCAUUGCCAGCAAUAGUGAAGCUGUCUAUCCAUAUUACUUAACAUCGGUUGAUAAACUAACUGAACUGUUAUUAGAGUUACUUCUUGGACAGAGUUUUAUAAAUCUUAACUUAGAAGCUCUUUUUAAGGAAUGCGCUUUGAAAUUGAUGCUUCGUUGGCCAUCUGUUGCUGAUAAAUAUAUUCCUACAUUGGAAGAAAUACUUCUUAAAGAAGAAAAAGAGAGUAUGGAUGUUAAGAAGAAAAGAAUGGCUGCCAUGGAAUUAUUAGCAAGCGUACAGCCAUUACUUUUUUUUCAAUCCGAUAAAGAGUCAUUACUUUUUAUAGAUAAUAUUUUAAAAUCAGCACCUUCGGGUUCUGUUAUUUGGCAACGUAUGGCUUUGGCAGUUUGUGCAUUAUUAAAAUCAGGCGCUCAUCGUUUGGAUCUCUCAAGUAUAAUAGAACAUUAUGGAGAUUCGUUAUUACCUUAUUUACCUGUUAAAUGUAAUAACGAUACAAGCGAAUACAGAAAAUCUCCAACUCUUCCAAUUAUUUUGAAAAGUAAAAUAAAAUACGCUAAAGUCAGACCAGUAAAUACUAAAGUAUUAUGGGAUAGACAGUCAGCAUUUCCAGACUCUACUUUAAAAGGACCAAGAAAAGAGAUAAGAUUUGCAUUCGCGGGUGGUCGACCAGUUCCUCCGAGUAAUCUUAGACGUGUUAGUUUAAGAGCUAAUUAUCAAAUUUUAAGAAGCGAACAUCAAGCUACUCUCGCGUUAGUCGCAUCUCGUAGGCUUCUUGUAUUAAGAAAUACUAAGAAGAAGGUUUUUCAUAUUUACAAUCUUGCACAUAUUUGUCUGUAAUUCUUCUAUGAAAAAUAUGGUACACGCAUAUUUAUUAAUUAACAGUUUAGAAUCAGACAGAUAUACGACUUUAGUUUCGUAUUCACAAGUGCUGUGAUUACAAGCUUUUCUUUUCUUUUAAUUAAUUUUUUAUCAGGCAAUAAAAAAUAAUCUGUUUUAAGAAUAUCAAAAGAUUGUUUUAACGAAAUAAGAAAAAUAGAGGAAAGUUAUUUUUGCUAGAAUAAAUUUGUAUAAUACAUUUUAUUGCAAUACAUUGAAAAAUUAUGGUAUAAAGAAUUUUGUUUGCAUAAAAACAAUCUUAUGAAAUGCAUAGAAUAUUUAUAGAAGACAGAUAUAAAACAUUUCUAUUAUAAGAACAGAAAUAUUUUCAGAUAAUCGUUAGUGUCAUUCGGAACAUUCUUCGCCCAUUUCUUCAAGAAAUCUCUUAGCAUCAGUUAUAAUUUUUUCUAGGCGUUCUCUCGUAGCCGAUGUCUGUCUUUGCUUUAAUUUGUAUUUCGCGGAUGUUAUGGCCGCACGAUAACCAGUUACAUUGCAGAAUAUUUUUAUAUGUUUAUCACCAGAAACCAAAACGUAUUCCCCCAAUGCAUCAAAAGUAACACAAGUUAUAGGAUCUAUGUGAAAAUGCAAAUAUAUUAAAAAAUCAAUAGAUAAUAAUAUAUAAGAAAAUCUAUCGGUAAUGUACUUACUAGAAAAAAUAUCUUUAAUAGUAUUAUCCAAUGCACCAGUAAUGGUAUUAUAAAAGCUAAGAGAUGAACCAUGCGUUAUUACUAAUACUUCUCCAUUAGGUGAAAGUGCGAUAUUAGCUGGCGUUGUAACCUCCCAUGUACCUGUUGUAAUUAAAUGAGGAUCUUCUCCCUUUUCAAAUUCAACUGAAACAUUGACAAAUUAAUAUUAUAUAUAAUUUGAACACUAUUUGAUCGUAAUAAAGCAUUAAACUAA